ACUAAUUACCACAUACUAUUGGUCGUUCUCCACUAAAACUAAUAAAAUAAAGAAAACGUGGCUGUCCCGCCGUCCCUUUUAACCGGAGUCACGUCCGAAAUAACUACCAGUCCACCACCAUGAAGACGUGUGAUAACGGCCCCACGUUCACCACCAUUCCACGCGUCGCAUUCUCCAACACCAUUCCCCUCUCUUCCAUCCUCAAACGACGUCGCCGCACAGCCACGUAGGCUAGAUCCCGCAGAAACGAUGGCGUCCGGCGGUUCGCGUCGGAGAAGAAAGAAACAGUUGAGAAAUGCGUUUGGGGAAUGAAGAAGAAGAAAGGUCCGUCGUAACUGCCAAAAUGAAACCGAAACCCGCGGGAAAUGUUUUCUCAGUAAUAAAAUCGUGGAAAAUAAAAGAGAGAAAAAAAAACCCUGGGUUGGGUGACUACUUCAACGGCCACCGUCUCCCUUUCUCUCUCCUUUCUUCGUCUCCUCUCUUCUUUCUCUCGCCGCUCUGAAUUUCACCUGAGAUCAACCCAAAGAACCUGUAUUCAAUUACCCAAUUGAAAAUUUGAGAACUUUCUUACGACCAAUCACCAGGGUCCGGCUUGUUUUCAUCAGUUUGUAUAAUUCCAUUGGCAGAGGGAUAAAAAUACAGGGAGGACAAAAAAAGGUUUGCUUUGUCUGUAAGAAUCCUGACGUCAGAAGACGAAAAAUAGGAAGAACAAGAAGAAGAGAAGCAUUGAACUCUCCGUCCUCAACAUUCUCUGUUUUGGAUUUUUUUUCUCAGGUUCCGUAUUCCGUAAUCCAUACUCUAUUUUGUUUUUCCUCCCAUGGUUAGAGAUUGGAGAGGGCUUGCUUCUUAGUUAAUUUCUGAUAAUCAAUCAUCAGGUAAUUAAGUAAGCUGGAGAAGGGGAGACGAGGGUUAUAGAGAGAGAACAAAGGGGAGAGAGAGAGACGGAGGAAGAGGAAGAGCAGGUGGUACCUUUGAAGAAUUCAUUAAUGGCAGCAGGGGAUCUGGGCUGAUUCAUCAAGAACCAGAGCUUUUUCACUACUUCAGGUAAAUGUAUGCUUCCCCAAUUAAUUUCCCUUCCAUUCUUCCAGAAGAUCAGGCCAUGGAAACUACGUUCUUGCUGAUUAGAUUGUGCUUUACGUUUUCCUUCAUGGGUUCUGUACGAUCCCUCUUCUUCUUCUUCUUCUUCUUCUUCUUCUUCUUCUAACGCUUCUAAUCACCUGAGGAUUGAUUGGUUGAUAAAACGCUUGGAAGAACUUCUCCCUGAAUCCUGAUAUUCCUCUUUUCCCAGGCCCUGAAGCUCUUCUGAAGCCUUGUUCUGAGAUCUCUCUAAACUUUGAAGCAAACCCUCUUUGCUUCUUUGUUUAGAGAGGGCAAAUAGAGACAGAGAGAUCAGCAAAAGAAGCUCCAGUUGAUAAAAAAAGGAAAUGGAGCAGUUCAGACACGUAGGGGAAGUCCUGGGAAGCUUGAAAGCACUCAUGGUGCUCCAAGACGACAUUCAAAUCAACCCACGCCAGUGCGUUCUCCUGCACCAGAUGUUCACCUCGGCAUUCGACACUAUAGCUGAGGAGAUCAGGCACAACCUGACCCUGGAAGAGAAGAACACGAAGUGGAAGCCAUUGGAGGAGCCGUUGAGGGAGCUUCACAGGGUGUUCAAAGAAGGCGAGCUCUACGUCCGCCAUUGUAUGGACAACAGCAAGGACUGGUGGGGGAAAUCCCUCUCCCUCCACCAAAACAAAGACUCCGUCGAGUUCCACAUCCACAACCUGCUCACCUGCUUCCACGCUGCCGUCGAGGCCAUAGAGAGUGCAGGAGAGAUCUCUGGCCUCGACGAGGCAGACAUGAAGAGGAAAAGAGUGAUGCUUUUGAAAAAAUAUGAUCGAAGCUGGUAUGACCCCAAGCUGUUCCAGUGGAGGUUCGGGAGGCAGUACUUGAUCCCAAGAGAGAUAUGCUGCCAGUUCAAAGCUGCGCUGAGGGAAGACAAAUGGCAUCUCAUCGAGAAGCUGAAGGAGAAGAAAGCAUCGGGCUUGAUCUCAAAGAACGAGCAUCGCAUUGCUGAUCUGCUGCUGAAGAAGCUCAACAGCGUCGAGAAAGUUAAUGGGAAACUCCCACCUAGCUCGAUUUUAUUGGGAGCUGAAGAUUACAAAGUGAGGAGAAGACUAGGGGAAGGAACCCAGUACAAGGAGAUCCAAUGGCUAGGGGAAGGAUUUGCAAUGAGACAUGUGUUCCACGAGAUUGAGCCGUUGAGCUCUGAGAUAUAUGAUCUAAUGUCGUUGGCUCAUCCCAACAUAGUCCAGUACUUCUGUGGAUUCUAUGACGAGGACAAAAAGGAAUGCUUUUUAGUAAUGGAGUUGAUGAGCAAGGAUUUGUAUUCUUACAUGAAGGAGAACAGCAGUCCGAGGAAAAGGGUUCUUUUGCCUCUCCCCAUUGUUGUGGAUAUCAUGCUUCAGGUAGCUAGAGGGAUGGAGUAUCUCCAUUCGAAGAAGAUCUACCAUGGAGAUCUGAACAUCACCAACAUAUUUCUCAAGCCAAGGAAAUCCACAGAGGGUUAUUUCUUCGUCAAAGUUUCAGGCUUUGGACUCGCGAGAGUUGAAAGUCAACCUCUGAGGCAUGCUUCUUCGAGCUCAGAUGCAAUCGAUCCGGCAAUCUGGUAUGCACCGGAGGUGCUAGCGGAACAAGAGGCUGCAGCUGCUGCUGGUGGGAACAAUUCAAGGUCGAAUAGCAAGUACACGGAGAAGGCCGAUGUCUACAGCUUUGGAAUGCUGAGUUUCUGCCUGUUAUCGGGGAAGCUUCCAUUUGAGGACGGGCAUCUCCAUGGUGAUCAGAUGAUCAAGAACAUUCGAGCUGGGGAGAGACCGUUAUUCCCAUUUCAAUCACCUAAAUACCUUGUGAACUUGACGAAGAAGUGCUGGCAUAAGGAUCCAAGCUGCAGGCCGAGCUUCUCCUCGAUUUGUAGGGUUCUUAGAUACGUGAAGAAGUUCCUGGUGAUGAAUCCUAGUGAUGGGCAGCCGAAUAUGCAGACGCCCCCUGUCGACUACACCGAACUGGAAGCUGGGUUUCUGAAGAAGUUCCCUGCUGAGGUCACCUGCGAUUCGAGCUCGGUUUCUCAGAUUCCGUUUCAUAUGUUUGCUUACAGGCUCGCGGAGAGGGAGAAGAUGGCGUCCUCUCUUGGUGUGAAGUUCAAGUCGAAUGAGGCAGGAAAUGAAGAGCCUAUUACCCCUGCAGCAGGUGAAGAUCCAAUUGUGUUGCCAUCUGCGGAUGAAUCGAAGAUCGUUCAAUCUGAUGCGAAGUCGGUUUGUAUUGGAAGUCCGGAGGAAAUGAUCACGUCGGAUGUGAGGUCAGUGAUAUUGGAGCCACCGAAGAAAGAAACAAUGCCUGCUGCUACUGCCGUGGCAAAGAAGCCAGCUAAUGUUAAAGUGAAGAAAGCUUCAGGUGUUAAAUCAAAAGUGAAAACUCCAGUGAGGUCAUCGCCGGCGAGAUUGUCAGCAACGUGGAGUCCAACUGGCCGGAGUUUGAGAACGAAUGCUGCGAAAGACAGUCCAAAGAGAACAACAAUGAGUUCACAAAAUCCAGGGAAAGGGGUGUCAUGAACGAAGGUGAUGAAUGCGGGGAGGAACGAUCAAUGGUGCUACCUUUCUGGUUUAACAAUUUAUCCAUUCCUCUCCUGGGUUUUUGUUUCUCUAGGUAAAUAUUGAAUGAAUCAAUCAAGUGUUGACAGAAAAGGAGAUAGAAGCGGGUCAGUGAGUGUUACCUGAUUUUUCUUGUAGCAGUGUAAUUUGGAUUCUUCAGUAAUUCGAGCAGCCAACCCUGGACUUUUGAAUCCUUGUAUGUUCAGGAUUUCAUUUCGAAUCACGUAGUUAAUAUGAAGGAGCCAAAAGGUAAAAAAGAGAGAAGUCUGACAGAGAUUCGUUCCAAAACUUGCUUCUCAUUCUUUUUCAGGAUAAGACCUGUCCAGUCAGCAGUGUACACUAUUAUGCUCUCUUCCUUUGAGACAUUUACAUAAACUAGAAAAACAAAG